AUGGCAGCACGACCUCUACUGCUUGGUCUAGCUUCAGCAGCCCGGUCCGGGGCCCUCAGUCUCCCGAUUCGGGCUGCACCCAAACGGGCCUUUCAGCUGUCUACAGCAAAACUCCGGCCCACGGCUGCGACUUCGAGCCCUUCAGGAUCGACCCCUUUGAACAGCCAGACGCCACCUCCAGGCACUGUCCCCCCACAAGCCGAAGUGUUUGCAGACAACACUCACGCUGCAUUCCUGGGUGAAGCUGACAGCAAUGAAGGGCACGAUGCCGUUCGAGAGGCUCACGGGGCACCUCCACCGCCCCUCGAAGCCGACAAUUCGGCUUUCUUGGGUGAAGCAGACUCAGAUGAUCACUUCGAGGUCCGCAAGACUAUAGAAGGAGACAACACCCCGCCCCUGGAAGCAAACAACGCCGCCUUCCUGGGGGAGGCCGACAGCGAUGACGGCUUUGAGGCACGAAGAGCGGCCGAAGGAGACAAGCGAGAAAGUCUGGAUGCGAAGAACGCCGCAUUCCUUGGUGAAGCUGAUAGUGAUGAUGCACAUGAAGCUGAUUUUGAUAUAAACCCUGACAAGCAUCGUCACAAGAUCGAGGAUACCAGCGUCAGCGGGUUGCAUGGGCAACAGGGAGAACAGGAUCAGUGA